AUGCUCGCAAAUCCUGAUAUUGCGCCCAGUGCGAGUGUUAAUUGGUGGAUUGUUUCCAUUUUAACAUUUCAUUUCACACUUGUCCACAUUCCUGGGACAAUGCAUGGACCCGACAGUCUCUUGAGGAGACCGCGGCAACCGGGCGACAUUGACGACGACGAUGAUGACUUCAACGAUUGGAUUGAUAACUUACACUCGUUUAUUCACCAGGUACAGACCCCUCCGUCUGCGUGGCUCAGAACUGUCUCCACAUACGAGCUGACCGAGGGCGGUCAAAAUUUCAAUGGGGAGGAGGAUGACUGCAGCAUUGUUCCGAGAUCAAGAGCACUACACAGUGCCAACGAGAAGCUCGAAGCUAUUCGACAAUUCCUCCGAACUCUUGUACGACCACCCGACCUCAGCGAUAGCGCGUACAAAGGAUUUAUCAAGUUCUGCCUACACUUCUUCCUCGACGGCGAGACGCUAUGGCGCAAAGAUACCCACAGAGCACACAAACUUGUGAUAGGAAAAGCUGACCGCCUUUGA